CCGCUCGCCGCCGCUCGCUCCCCGGCCGGCGCUGUGUCUCCUGCGCCUCCAAGAUGAGUGGGCAGCGGCGAGGCGGCUGCCGGAACCCGCUGAGCAGCCCUGCACUGCUCAGAUUGCCCCAGGAUUGAGGUGCUGCAGAUGGCUCCUCUGCGGCUUCCGCAGCUCGGCUGCAUCCAGUGGAUUGAUCUGAAGGUUGAGCCCUUACCGUGCAGUCACCAUCACCAAGAACCACAGGUAUCUGACCAGCUUCCUUGGUUUUUGAUGCUGAAGCAGGAUUGUUUUAACUAAAGAUGGAAACACUGGAGUCGGAAUUGACCUGCCCAAUCUGCUUGGAGUUAUUUGAAGACCCUCUGUUGCUGCCGUGUGCUCACAGCUUGUGCUUCAGUUGUGCCCAUCGCAUCCUGGUGUCCAGCUGCUCCUCCAGCGAGUCGAUAGAGACCAUCACAGCAUUCCAGUGCCCCACCUGCAGGUAUGUCAUCUCCCUUAACCACCGCGGCCUAGAGGGCCUCAAGCGGAAUGUGACCCUGCAGAACAUUAUAGAUCGCUUCCAAAAAGCUUCUCUGAGUGGCCCCAACUCCCCUAGCGAGAGCCGCCGAGAGAGAACAUACCGCAAGAGUCCUGCCAUGUCCAGCGAAAGGAUAGCGUGUCAGUUCUGUGAGCAGGACCCACCGAGGGAUGCGGUGAAGACCUGCAUAACCUGCGAGGUGUCCUACUGUGACCGCUGCCUCCGGGCCACACACCCCAACAAGAAGCCGUUCACCAGCCACCGCCUGGUGGAGCCUGUUCCAGACACACACUUCCGAGGACUCACUUGCUUGGAGCAUGAGAAUGAGAAAGUGAACAUGUACUGUGUUGCGGACGACCAGCUGAUCUGUGCCUUAUGCAAACUGGUGGGACGUCACCGAGACCACCAGGUGGCGUCGCUGAGCGAUCGAUUUGAGAAGCUCAAGCAAACCCUGGAGACGAACCUCACCAACCUGGUUAAACGCAAUAGUGAACUCGAAAACCAGAUGGCCAAGCUGAUACAGAUCUGCCAGCAGGUGGAGGUGAACACAGCCAUGCAUGAGGCCAAGCUGAUGGAGGAGUGUGAUGAGCUCAUGGAGAUCAUCCGGCAGCGCAAGCAAGUGAUCGCUGUCAAGAUCAAGGAGACGAAGGUUAUGAAGCUGAGGAAGCUGGCCCAGCAGGUAGCUAACUGUCGGCAGUGCCUGGAGCGCUCCACGGUCCUCAUCAAUCAAGCGGAACAUAUCCUGAAAGAGAACGACCAUGCACGGUUCCUGCAGACUGCCAGGAAUGUGGCCGAGAGGGUCGCCAUGGCAACUGCAUCCUCUCAAGUGCUGAUACCAGAUAUCAAUUUUAACGAUGCCUUUGAAAACUUUGCUUUAGAUUUUUCCAGAGAAAAGAAACUGCUGGAGGGGCUGGAUUAUCUAACAGCACCCAAUCCACCAUCUGUCCGAGAGGAGCUUUGUACGGCUUCCCAUGACACCAUUACAGUCCACUGGAUCUCGGAGGAUGAGUUCAGUGUCAGCUCCUAUGAGCUCCAAUACACCAUCUUCACCGGCCAGGCCAACUUCAUCAGUCUGUACAACUCCAUGGAUAGCUGGAUGAUUGUCCCCAACAUCAAACAGAACCACUACACCGUGCACGGGCUCCAGAGUGGCACCAGAUACAUCUUCCUUGUCAAGGCCAUAAACCAAGCUGGGAGCCGGAACAGCGAACCUGCCAGGCUCAAGACAAACAGUCAGCCCUUUAAGUUGGAUCCCAAGAUGGCUCACAAGAAGCUGAAGCUCUCCAAUGAUGGGCUGCAGAUGGAAAAGGACGAGAGCUCCUUGAAAAAGAGCCACACACCCGAAAGGUUCAGCGGCACUGGGUGCUACGGAGCAGCAGGCAACAUAUUCAUCGACAGCGGGUGCCAUUACUGGGAAGUGAUGGUGGGAUCCUCAACCUGGUACGCCAUCGGCAUCGCCUAUAAAUCAGCCCCAAAGAAUGAGUGGAUUGGCAAGAACUCCUCAUCCUGGGUCUUCUCCCGCUGUAACAGCAACUUUGUGGUGAGACACAACAACAAGGAGAUGCUGGUGGACGUUCACCCACAGAUGAAGCGCCUGGGCAUCCUUCUGGAUUAUGACAACAACGCCCUGUCCUUCUAUGACCCGGCCAGUUCUCUCCAUCUCCAUACGUUCAACGUUGCCUUCAUCCUGCCGGUGUGUCCAACCUUUACCAUCUGGAACAAAUCUUUGAUGAUCCUGUCGGGCCUGCCUGCUCCAGACUUCAUCGAGUACCCAGAGCAGCAGGAGUGUAACUGCCGACCGCAGGAGUCCCCGUACGUAUCAGGGAUGAAAGCCUGCCACUAAGCAGCAGCCAGCCCCUGUCGUGCUCCACAGUGGAUCACGGGGAAUGUUCGUGGGGGCUUCUGAAGAGCUGGAUUGGAAAGCAGGCCCUGUCGCCAGAGAAAUAAUGCUCGGCGAGUGAGCCUCUCCCACAGGAAGCUCAUUUUUAAGGGAAAAACAAAACUUUAAAAGCGAUUGAAAUAAACUCUGUGGCCAAGCUCCGUGUGUAUGGCAAUGCAGCUUGUGAAACUCCUUUGUAGCAGGAUGGCGUUCCUCCAGCUGGACUGUCACACGGCUUGUUUGAAGGCGAGCGGAGCGGGGGUGGGCAGUGCUUGUUUCAGGGCCCCCUAGGAGUGUGGGCGAGGGAGGGGAUCCUGGGCGAAACAGGGUGUAGCCUGGUAGGGGAGCAGAGCCUCCUGGCCAGCUCAAGCACCAGCCGGCUCCAUUGACCAUCUCCGUUCAGACAGGGGGCUGCAAUCGGCCGCAUCUCAGGAAGGAUCCGUCACAUAAGGAACACGGUUUUCAAUGUCACCCAGAGAGGUGGCCACAGCCAACCAUCCAAAGCCAUUCAGACUGUAGGCAGGUUGUGAAAGCAGAACCCGCUCUGAGAGGAGCCGUCCAGCUGCUUCACCUGCUGGGUGUGGCUGGUGUGUUGAGCUGACAGGCACACGUACUUCCGCCCGCUCGGGGGAUGCUCAGACCUGAAAUCCGGCUUCCCCCCAGUGCUCCCUUUUCUUCCAUUAAAACUGCCUCCUUUGGGAGGCCCUUUGUCAUUAUACGUCAGGGAGGCCCCAGCCAAGCUCAGCUCAGGCUGAUACCUGAUCUGUGUGAAAUGGAGCAAGCUGAGGUAUUUGUCCCCUCCAGUGCCCACCUGGGGCCUGUGGAGAGCACAGGCCCCACCACGCAAUGCUGCUUCUUGAUGCUGAGCUAGGUCAAGCUUCACAGUAGAGAUGUGGCUGGCCAAGAGCUGCACAGGUUUAAUGUAGGCCAUCCUCCUGGAAGGAGUGUGUGUUGAGAGUGGGGAAAGAGCCCAGCGUCACCUGGUGCUGCUGGUGCUACUGCUGGGCAGGGGGAGCGGAAGCUGGCCAGACAGCAGUAUCUCCAGAGAAGCAGGAGAGAGCCAAUGGGCCGUGAGGUCUAUGACUACUGUACUGUACAAGGACUGUAUUCAUUAUUUAUGCCUCUGCACACAGCCCUGCUCAGAAUGCACUUUCUCCUCUGUAUGUUGUAUUGGUGUGAGGGUUGACUGGGGGCUACAAGUGAGUAAAUCCGGAAGACCAAAUAUGAGCACUGAUAGCAAGCGCGGUAGCCUGGCCUGGCAAGGUCCACCUGGCUCGUUCUCUGUCCCGUGCUGGCUGGUUCUUGGGGUCGCCUCUGGAGUCAAAGCAGAGCCAUUCCUUUCACUCUGAAGUUAACCCAUGGGAAGGAGAUCAGAAUCCAGCCCCCAGGCCUUUGUGUUUGGGUAACUCUGCCCCCUCUCAUGCAGAGACUUGCCCAAGGUUUUUGUUCCCCAUGAAUCCCAGCUGGUCUGACCCUUCCUGGCAGGCACCUUGCAUCAUCACUUACGCCGGGACCGAGCAAGGGCAAGUUCUGCCAAACUUCAGUUCUUUGCUUCCUGAUGCUGGGGAAGCAUGUUGCUUAGAUAGGUGUGAAAGCGAGCACAGGAGCUAGGUAGGGGAGGACAGGCCUGCAUGUGUCAGAGGAACUGCAGGUCAUGGGGAAACAGUGUCCAAAGCACACUGAGAGCUGCCUCGUGGUGCCUUUGAUCUGAUUUAGGAGAGGAAUAGUAUAAAGGUUCGGACUCACCCCUGUAGUGUCUCCUGCUGGUCACUGGGGAAUUAGCUCUUUCCCCCACUCAGCCUGUUCCUUUCCCAGCACUGCACCGCCCUCAGUACCCUAUCUAUCAGGCAGGCAGCCAGGCCCUGUUCUCUCCCAGCCUGGAGAGAGACUCCUUGGGCCUCUGGCUCACAGACUUUUUAUACAGGCCAGCUGGGGCCUGAUGGGGUGUGGCCCAGCUGCAGCUGCUUCCCCAAUCAGCCAUCCUCAGCCACAGCCCUCUCCAGGGCUGCUUUUAACCCCUUCUAUUUUAGGAUCAGGGUAGCCAUCCCGCUACAGAUAGGCAGAGUCUUGACUUCCAUAGGUGCAAAGGGAAUGCUGUCACCAGCACUAACAAAACCUCCGAACCCUGGGAAGUCUCUCCUUUGGAACAAGGUUUGGCUCUUUUGCCCAGCCAAGCACCAGGCUGGCAAUAUUGGAUAGUGCCUGUCCAGGGGCCAGGUUCGGUGUGUUCUUUGGAAUGUCCCUUCUGUUAGUCUCUCCUUGGUUUUGUUGCACAGGGCCAUGUGAUCCAGGACAGGAGAAGUUGCCCCACAGCCCUUGUGUGGCUUAAAACUCUGCUUAACUUUUCCUUGUUUCAAACAGGAAGAGAUCUCUGGACCUUGCUGAUCAGAAAUCUACCUCAUAGCCCAGCCUCCGGGGAGCAGGUAGAUUGACUGAUCUGGGGGUAGUCUUAGUGCAUGGGCUACUUAGCGUUAGGAUGGAGUGGGCUGAGCAUGCUCACCUGGCUGGAGGGAGGUUCCUGCCUAGUUUCAGGGGUGGAGGGCAGAGAGAGGCUGGUUUGGCUGAGAUGGAGUGAAGUGUGACGUAUGCACCGAACCGUUGGCUGCUGUAGAGUCCUGCUGCUAGGCUUUGAGGAUGCUGGUUUGGAGCCAGGCAGCCUGUGGACCAAACCCAGCCCCUCUGCAAAUCUCCAGUAUUGUCCCUUGUGACUCAACUGGGUUCACUUAAUGCCUCCUUCCCUCCUGCCGGCCCUCAGCUAUCCGAGGUGCCCUGACUCAAACUGAUGUGCUUCUAUCCUUCGGUUCUCUCUGGCAGCUUUCUUGCCUGAUAUAGGCCCCUCUGAAGCUCAUUAAGCAGCCUCCCCAGCUCAUGGACAGUCUGCCGAAUGCCAUUGUUCUUUGGGGUGAGUCAGAGCAUGGUGUGCAUGUUGCCCCUGAAGCUAUGUCAGAUAAGAUCUGUGGCUGGCCGAUCAUAAAAAGUUCCAUGCCAGCUGAUGUGCUGCAGAGCCUUGAAUGAGCUGUGCUGAGGGAUACUUUUCAUUGACACUGAAUUGCCAUCAGGAUCAGCAGAAGAUUGAUACCUUCUUGCAGGUACAGGGUGUAUAAAAGUGAACCUGACUUUUCUCCCCUUUCAGUAUUCAACAUUUAUGGUGACUGGCUGCCUAAUGAAAGGGUGUCUGGGGUGGGGGGUAAUAAGAAAAAAUUAUAUGCCACCUUGAGCUAGGUUGGGAAUCACAAAGGUGUUUUCGUUCCCUGUCUCUGGUCUAGGCAGCUUUCCCUGCCAUAGAAGGCCCAGUGCUGUUUGCCCAUAAAUUGCAGUGUGUGAUGCACCAGUUCAGAGCCAAGGGAAGGUUUCUAUUUGCUCCUGCUGGCCCAAGCUGCCGAUGGCAGUGUGUGGGGAUUCACAUCUCCAUUCCUGCCUUGCUCUGCAGCUAAGCCCGGAAUCAUUUUAAGCAGAUAAAUUGCCAUUUUCAGAUUGAUGUUUUUCAAAGGCACGUAAUGCUGCCCCCUGUGUGCUGACCCAGAGUGUUCCCAACAGGGGUGGGGGGGCUGCUUGUGAUGGAAGCUGCCUCAAACAGAUGCCUGCACACUGUAGGAUUUUAACAUUUGCAAAACAGGGGCCAAGCUUUUCAGAUGGCCCUAUCGCUGUUUAGCUGGGAUCGUUGUUGGAGACUGUGCCGCAUCCUUUAACUUGGAGCACACGAGCCAUUCAUGUGACGUUGCACCUGAUGAAAUUGCACUAAUUACAUUGGGGUUCCGAAGAACUGUACCAGUGAUGGGCAGGAGGGCACUGCAGAGAGCUUGUCUGAGCAAGUGGAAAAGGGGAGGCCAGCACAAUUAGCUGACAGGCCUGGGGUUUGUCGCCUGCGUUCCUCUCUGCUGGUUGUUAAAAGGAAAACCCAACCAUGUCUAUCAGUGUGGGCAGUCGCUGUCCUGCACUAAGUCCAGGAGCAAAGCCUGGCUCCUGCACUGCGGAACUCAGGCAAGUCAGGCUCCUGCACUAGAGAGCUGUCCCCUGCAGAUGGAAAUGGAUCCUCAAAGCUCCCUUGUUGCAUCAUAGCCUUUGCCUCCCACCCAUUAGCAAGCAAUCCCAUUGGUGAAAAUGCCUGGUGUCAUAUGACGCUGCGACAGCUCCAGUCAAUCCAAGCUCAUCCAGCCUCUGCUGUCCAUGGUUGGAAUUAACAUAGAAAUGCUUUCUGCCUGUCGGAAGCAGGUGGCAGGAUCGGAGGAUGCCGGUUCAAGUCAUCGUGGGAAGAUCAUUUGUCAUCUGUAUUUCUGCCUCUUGCAGAGCUCUGCGGCUGCUGGAUGUUUUUAUCAUAGUAAAUCCAUUGUAUCUGACUUGGGAUGUGGUGAAAAUCUGGUUACAGUGAAACCUGUCAUACUUUCUCUUCAUAUGUAACAUAACUGGGGUUUGGGGUGGUUUUUUUUUUGGGGGGGGCAAUUUCUUUGUUAAUGUGUAUAUAUAUAAAUAUAAUAUAAUAUAUAUA